CCGUCUCUGUGCAAUGCUGACCCCUAUUGUUCAAUUAGCUAGUGUGCAGCACCAGGAAGAUGCGAUUUUAACCGGACAUCGUUGUAGAGAGGUGUUAAGGAAACAGAAAACCAGUGGUAGUGGCAGGACGAUGGGCAUCACUAAACUGGCAGAAUUGAUCCGCACAGAAGCCCCCCAUGCUGUUUCUUAUAAGGACAUCAGUGACUACACCGGAAAAGUAAUCGCAGUGGACACCUCUAUUGUUGUGAACCAGUUCCGUGCAGCGACUCCUUCCUUAAGCCCCCUGACGGGUCUCUUCUUCCGCACGCUCACCUUCCUGGAACGUGACAUAAAGCCGGUCUUUGUGUUUGAUGGAAGACCUCCUGGGGAAAAGAGAGCUGUUCUUGCGAGGCGAGCUGAGGCAGCUGGUCGGAGCUCCCACAAUCACACAGGCACAGCAUCAUUUCAGACCAAAGAUUGUCUAGAGCUGCUGAAGCUUCUGGGUGUACCUGUCAUCCAGGCUCCAGGGGAUGCUGAGGCACUGUGUGCCCACCUGGUGAGAGAGGGGAGUGUGGAUGCUGUAGCGUCAGAGGACAUGGACACACUGCCGUUUGGAGCCGAUAUUCUCAUUCGCCAGCUGAACGCCAAGAAGGACAGUGAAGUUAUUGAAUAUUCAUUACCCAAACUGUUAGAGAAACUCCAGAUUAAUCACCAAGAGUUUGUUGACCUGUGUAUUUUGUUGGGCUGUGACUACUGUGACAAAAUAGCAGGUCUGGGUCCUAAGAGAGCUCUGACACUGAUCCAGAAGCACCAUACUAUCGAGAAUGUGGUUUUGCACGUCAACAGAAAGACCCACCCUGUGCCACAUUUCUGGAAGUACAAAGAAGCACGGAAGAUAUUCUUGGAUACACCACAAACCGUAACCCUUGAACUCACCUGGACUGAACCAGAUGAAGAAGCCUUGGUUAAGUUCCUCUGUCACGUCACACAUGUUAAGGAGAACAGGAUCCGUCAUCGAAUGGAGACAUUCCGUCAGAAGCGGGAAAGUAAGCGAGCAGAGAGAGAAAAGGACAAGGCAGAAGGACGUUGCAGGCAGACUCGAAUGGAGGACUUCUUGAGAGUUACCAGAAAGAGGAGUGUGCCUGUGGACGCUGACUCUUCAAGCAGCAACAGAAAGAGACCAAAGUCAAAAUAGGGCCACCACCAUCUGUGACUUUUUGCCUCCAAGUUUUCAACCCUGUCUGCCCAUCCAGAUAUCUCAAAAAAAAAAAAAAUUAGGCAACAAUGACAGACAAAUCACUAUCUUGAAUUUCU